AUGACGGUGCCCUCACGAAGUACUGACACAGUCGAUCCGACCGCUUUGCGCGUUCUGAUCACCGGCUAUGGCCCCUUCGCUGGGUUCCCCAUCAAUCCGUCCUGGCUUGCCGUAAAGCCUCUUCACAACACUAUAACACAAACCCUGGGUGAUACCCCUCGCGACAUCCACAUUACGUCUCUCGAGAUUGCCACAUCUUAUGAGACUGUCCUCACCGCUACUCCCAGUUUCCAUGCGCGUCCUCCUGUCGUCUCGCAGCCGAAGGACACUGCCUUCGCCGUCCUCCCGCCCCCCAGCGAUGGCUAUGAUCUCGUCAUCCACGUCGGUGUUGCUGGUCGAAGUGGCCAUAUCCGCAUGGAGCAACUUGGUCGCAAGUAUGGGUACGACAAAGAAGACGCCUUCGGCCAAUAUGCUCCUGUUGUCGUAACUGAGGGUGAUAAGCCCGUACGCGGUUUCGGAACGGACUAUAAAGAAUUCCCUGAAGAACUUUACACUCAUGUAAAUUGCACAAAGCUCGUCGACCAUCUUCAGGGGACUGGUUUCAAAUACGUCGUGCCAUCAUUGAAUGCUGGCCUUUAUCUCUGCGAGUUCAUCAAUUAUUGUUCACUUGCCGAGUCAAAGCGCACCGCCGCACGCGGAGAGAAGUAUUCGAAGGUGCUGUUCAUACAUGUUCCACCCGUGGGCGCACCAUACACGACAGAAGAAGUAACGGAGAUUUUGCGCAGCACUAUCUCAUGGAUUUGUAGCCAGUAA